UCACCUCUCAAGAGACCCAUUACUAAUUUACUGCUCGCUGUUCUCUCAAAAUUCGAAAUUAUCUCACCGGUUCCUUUUUAUGUUGGUUUCUCGCUGUGUGUGACAACAGACAUAAACAAACAUUUCCAACACAAUUCCAGACGUCCCAGCACACAUAAAACAAACAAAACCCGCUAAAACAGUGUUUGCUAACCUCCACAAUGACGACGUCGGAACAAAUCGGGCUCAACAAAACCUGGGAGCUCUCCUUGUACGAGCUUCACAGAACCCCCCAGGACGCCAUAACGGACAACACAGAAAUCGCGGUUUCCCCCCGAAGCCUCCACAGCGAACUCAUGUGCCCCAUCUGCCUCGACAUGCUGAAGAAAACCAUGACCACAAAAGAAUGCCUCCACAGGUUUUGCUCAGACUGCAUCAUCACAGCUCUGAGGUCCGGAAACAAAGAGUGCCCCACGUGUCGAAAAAAACUGGUAUCGAAGCGGUCGCUGCGGCCGGACCCCAAUUUCGAUUUGCUCAUCUCGAAGAUUUAUCCUAGUAGAGAUGAGUACGAAGCGCACCAGGAGCGCGUGUUGGCGAAGCUGAAUAAGAGCCACUCACAGGCCGCUUUGGUUAAUUCUAUAACUGAGGGUAUUAAGAUUCAGUCACAGAAUAGGCCGAACAGGUCGAGGAAGAAUAAUGACGUGGAAAGGAAUAAUGAGACACAGGGGGAGAAUUCAGUGGCUGCCCACAAUGAGAGUUCAAACGCCUCCAACCCGGCCAACAGUACAACCGCCUCCAGCAACCCCUCUAACCCGCCCGCCUCCGGGGCCGUCAACAGCGUCAGUAGCCCGGCCCCUUCGGGCCGCAGCACCCCCUCACAGCCCCCGAGUCCCGUCUCGUCCAACGUGAGCUCCAUCAGCAAGUCCAUAAAGCGGCCCAAAAGCACCCUAACCUCCGAAAGGAGCGAAGAAAGCGAGUCGAGCGAACGCACCGAGCAAACGGACACAGAAGGGGAAGGUCCUUCCGAACCCAUGACCCUCAACGAAAUCGAGCUGGUGUUCAAACCGCACCCCACAGAGAUGUCCGGUGACAACCCUUUGGUGAAAGCGCUGAAGGAGAACUCGAUUAGGUACAUCAAAACCACGGCGAAUGCCACGGUCGAUCACUUGCACAAGUACCUGGCGAUGAGGUUGACGUUGGAUCUGGACUCGCAGCUGCCAACCACCCAUAGUUUGCUUAAUUUUUGUAUAUAUAUCUCGCCGACGACGGGGCAGUACGUGCAGUUGAACGGGAACCAGACGCUGGGGCAGGUUAAUGAUAAGUACUGGAAGGUGAAUAAGCCCCUGGAAAUGUACUAUUCGUGGAAGAAGACAUAGGGAACGCGGAAGGGGGUGCAGAAGACCCCCUAGGCGAAGUUGAGAUACAGGGUAUAUGAAUGUUUUGAGGUCUAUAUUGUCCCAGUGGCUAGCUGUAACAUAAAAAUUAAAUUUUUGUUGUCAGGCGAAAAAUAAGCAUCAUGUGUUGUUUCUGUGUAUCACAAUAGAUUAGAUCUGUCUGAUAUGAUGUAACUAUACCCUUUAUCUUACUGUACUUUUUAAACUUUAUAUAAACAAUAAAUACGAUUAUUUAACAAA